AUGGGGCAUCUUGUAACACUCGCAACAUGCUCUCUUAACCAAUGGGCUUUGGAUUUUGAAGGAAAUGCUGAACGUAUCAUUGAGAGUAUUCGGCAAGCCAAAGCGGCCGGGGCUACUCUACGUGUUGGUCCGGAGCUCGAGAUCACUGGAUAUGGUGUUCUCGAUGGCUUCCUAGAAGGCGACACGUUUCUACACUCGUGGGAGAUGCUGGCGCGUAUCAUUGAUCACCCAGACUGUCAAGACAUUGUGGUUGAUGUUGGCAUGCCGGUUCGUCAUCGGAACGUGCGAUACAAUUGCCGCGUGAUCUUUUACAACAAAAAGAUUAUCCUCAUUCGCCCGAAGAUGUGGCUUGCCAAUGAUGGGAACUAUCGAGAGCUUAGGCAUUUCGCCCCAUGGCAGCGCCCUCGUGAGAUUGAAGACUAUUACCUGGAGCAGAUCGUGGGCAAAAUCACCGGCCAAUAUAAGGUGCCUUUUGGUGACGCGGUCGUCAGCACACGGGACACGUGCUUAGGGCUUGAAACCUGUGAAGAACUUUUUACUCCUAAUGGUCCUCAUAUUCCAUACGGCCUGGCUGGCGUUGAGAUUAUUUCAAACUCGUCAGGAAGCCAUCAUGAGCUGAAGAAGCUUGACACUCGUGUGAAUCUGAUCACCCAGGCUACUAAACUGAGCGGAGGCAUCUACCUCUAUGCCAACCAGCAAGGUUGCGAUGGUGAUAGACUCUACUACGAUGGCUGUGCAAUGAUUGUCAUCAACGGGAAUAUAGUUGCCCAGGGUUCACAAUUCUCCCUGAAAGAUGUGGAGGUCGUUACGGCGACUGUUGAUAUCGAAGACGUUCGGACCUAUCGCGCUAGCUCUAGCCGCAACAUGCAGGCUACCAGGCAACCUCCGUUUGUUCGGCUUGAUCUGGACGUAAGGCUUUCCCGUUCGGACGAUGAUGCCGAGCCCAGCCUUGUCCCAUCUGAGCCGAUAUCAGCCAAGUACCACGCUCCAGAGGAAGAGAUUUCCCUCGGCCCAGCUUGUUGGCUUUGGGACUAUCUGCGAAGAAGCGGCGCUGCUGGUUUUUUCCUUCCCCUUAGCGGAGGUAUUGACAGCUGUGCUACAGCUAUUAUCGUACACUCUAUGUGCAGAGAAGUCGUCAAGGCAGUCUCGGAGGGAAACCAGCAAGUCAUCAAAGAUGUGCGUAGGCUGUGUGCAGAACCUGAAGGCUCAACCUGGCUUCCCAGUACGAGCCAGGAAGUAUGCAACCGCAUAUUCCACACCAGCUUCAUGGGUACCCAGAAUUCAAGUAAAGAAACAAGAGAGCGGGCCAAGGGGCUCGCCACCGAGAUAGGGUCCUAUCAUAUCGACUUCAACUUCGACACUGUUGUGACAGCCAUCAUGAACUUAUUCACUGUGGUCACGAAUUUUCAGCCCCGGUUCAAAGUUCAUGGCGGUACUGGAGCUGAAAAUGCGGCGCUACAGAAUGUCCAGGCUCGUUUGAGAAUGGUGCUAUCGUACUUGUUCGCUUCGCUGCUCCCAACUGUUCGUCAACGUCCAGGUGGAGGUGGACUCCUUGUGCUCGCAUCUUCCAAUGUAGACGAGUGGUACGUGCGAGCGGCAAUGCUUUUGCGUGGCUACCUGACCAAAUACGACGCAAGCAGUGCCGACUUGAAUCCUAUUGGGUCCAUUAGCAAGGUCGACCUCAAAAAGUUUAUCGCCUGGGCUCGCGAUUCAUUCGACCUUCCAAUUCUGCACGAAUUCUUAACAGCAACCCCAACCGCCGAAUUGGAGCCUAUCACAGCCACUUACGUCCAGUCAGACGAGGCCGACAUGGGCGUGACAUACGCCGAAUUAGGCACCUUCGGCUACCUGCGCAAGGUCGCAAAAUUGGGACCCUGGUCAAUGUACGAGAAGCUGCUCCACGUCUGGGGAAACGAGUACAGCCCCCGCGAGAUCUACGAGAAGACCCGUCACUUUUUUUACCACUACGCUAUCAACCGGCACAAGAUGACUGUCUUGACGCCCAGCUACCAUGCAGAGCAAUACUCCCCUGAAGAUAAUAGACACGAUCUUCGCCAGUUUCUGUACCCGCCGUUCACAUGGGCCUAUAAGAAGAUGGAAGAGAGUGUCAAGUACUGGGAAACCAGAGGGUGGACUGCUGGCAAGGCACAGAAGAAGAGUGUCAAGGCAGAUUAA